AUGAGAACACUGACCCGAAAAUUAACAGAUGAAGAAUUGAAAUCAGAACUGAUGAAAAUUCCAUCCUGGCAACUUGUACAGGAAGAGAAAAGAAAUGUGAUCCGAAGAAAAUUCGUUUUCAAAGAUUUCAAGCAGGCAUGGCAAUUCAUGAACAAGGUUGCCACAAAGGCUGACGAGAUGGAUCAUCAUCCUGAAUGGUUCAAUGUUUACAACAAGGUUGACAUUGUUCUAUCAACACACGAUUGUGGAGGACUUUCUGAAAGAGACAUUCUUCUUGCUUCAUUCAUCGAUCAACAGGUGCCUUCAGAGUAA